CCAUUGAUAAGAGCGUGUAGUAGAACGUAUAUAUGCAUGAAGAAGAAGCAAACAACACGUUGCUGACGAGAGAGGAAGAAAAAUAAGUCUUCUUUAUAGAAGAAAAAAGAUCGGAGGAAACAUAAGAAAACAAACAUACAUAUAAAAAGGGUCAGUCUUCUCUGUUCUUUAUGUUUUUUCCUCUGUUUCUCACUUUGUGUGUGAUGAAGAACAAAUAUCUAAAUUUUAUAUAUAGUUGAAGAGAGUACGAUCAUGAUGAUCUUCAUUUCAAUCUAAGGGUGUUUGCUUGUGCAAAGUCUACUAGAAGGACUUAACAGUUGAUCAAGCUUCCCUCGAUUAACUAUCUACCGAAACCAAAGAUUUUUAAAGUAUUGAUUAUCCGAGAUAUCCUGAUCCUUCCGACGAUUGACAAAUGUUUCAAAGCUUGAUUACUUCUCGUGUCACAGUACGACAGCAGGAUCAGAAUGCUUUGGAUUGCCAAGGAGAUGAUAGCUCUUGUCUAAGCAAAGAUGACGGUUUUCACUUUGGCGGUUCAGAUGAUAAGAAUGUGACAUCCAGUGCAGCUUCAGUUAGCAGUUCAUGUGCAAACAUUUCGGAGACAUCUGUAAAUGAUCGAUCUCUUAGAAGUAGCUCUCCAGCUAACCACAUGUCUGUCAAACAUGGUGACCAGAAUGCUCCUAGGGAUUAUAAAAAUUCAAGUAAACCUGACUUACUAAUGCUAGGUUCUGCUGAUGGGUUGAAGUCUGAUUUACCAGUUGGGAAACCUCAUCUUUUGAGCCAGGACAUGAUGAAUGGGGAUGAUUCAGAUGAAUUGGCCGAUGUGAGAGUUUGUGAUAUUUGUGGUGAUGUUGGUCGAGAGGUCUGGCUUGUUCUUUGUAGCAAGUGUGAUGAUGGGGCAGAACAUACUUAUUGUAUGACUCCCAAAAUGGAUAAAGUCCCGGAAGACGAUUGGUUGUGCGAAGACUGCGUGUUGAUAAAAGAACAGAAGAGACCGAGGCAAUCUGUGGUGGAGAGGUUAGACAAUGGUUCACCGACAACCAUUUACGCUGGUCAGCCUGUCGGUAAAAUGAGGAUAAAUCAUUUAAGUGAAGCUUCCGGCUUAUCCGAUAAGGGAGUUAGGCCUACUAUAGACAUGAGAUCAGAAACGAAGAAACGAACUCUUGACAGAAGGGUUCAAUCGCAAAAGCAUUAUGGCUCUGGUGUGAAAACACAGUUGACCCGGAUCUCUUCGUUGAAGAACUUGGAUAAGGGAAAUCAUUCUGUGCGUCAGGUAUCUUCUUUUGAUCUUACUGCUAAGAAAGUGGUGAAGCAAAAAUGUUCAUCAGCUCAUAGUUCAUCCAAAUCAAAACAACAAACUUGUGGAGGAUCUGUUGACAAAAGUAAAGAAUCUGACGGUUUACACUCUAUUCGGGAUUUACAAUGCUCGCAGGAAGAUGCCCGUCAAAGGAGAAGAUCGUUCGAAGAGAGUGCUGGCUGUGAACUCAAAAAGAAUGAUCCAGACAAAAAGCUACUCAAAUCUUUACCAUCUACUGGUGUUGGUUCAGGUCCACCAGAUGCAUCAAAUAAGAAAUAUUUUUCAGUGGAGAAAAAGAACAGUCAACUGCAGUCGCCAUUUUCCGGUUCUAGCCCUUCCAAAGCAAUCUCUUGUAAAACGAAAGUGAUUUCAAAGCCUGUUAAGAGUUCACAUUACUCAAGAGAGAAUUUUGACGACAAACAAGGAAACAAGGUCACUGGAAAUACAAAUGUGAAAGCGCUUGUUUCCCGAACCCAUGAAGUUGUUGGACAUGUUGACACAAGUAGGUCACCCUGUCGUUCAAGCUACAUGAUUACUUCUCCAACCAAAAAUGUGGCUGAUAGCCCUGAUCAGACUGUGAAUUUAUCCACUCCGAAAGUCGAUUCUAAAAACAUUACACAGGAUGAUAAUGACCCUUCAACGGUGUCGUUUAAGGUUCUGCCAUUCGAUUCUCAACACGUAGAAGUCAUGCCUAUUACACUUGAUCAGGCAAAUGAUGACCAUCUGGUUUCUUCGGCACAUUCUGCUGUCCCGGAAUCUACUUGCAGUUGGAAGGGUACAUUUAAAUUGGAGAAAAGCGGAAAACUUCUUUCUGACUGCUCUGGGAUACAAGCACACUUGUCAACACGUGCAUCCCCCAAAGUUAAUGAAUUAGUUCAUAAGUUUUCAACUGAUCUUCGGUUCAAUGAAGUUCCGCGUUUGCAAACUUGGCCUAUUCAAUUCCAAAAGAAUUAUCUUGGAGAGCAAGAUAUUGCUCUCUACUUUUUUGCUCAAGAUUUAUUGAGCUACCAAAGAAGUUACCGGGUGUUGCUAGAAGGCAUGACAAACAAUGAUUUGGCUCUGGAGGCCAACUUCGGUGAUUUUCAGCUUCUAGUUUUUCCAUCCAACUUGCUUCCUUUGAGAUCACAAUGCUGGAACUCUCUCCCAUAUUUAUGGGGAGUUUUUCGAGGGAGGAAAGUGUAUGAUUCUUAUAGCCCUGGGUUGAACACGAUGACUGUGAGUGAAGGUUUGUGCUCUCCUGUUACUCAUGGACCAGAGAGCAAACUUGUUUCUGCACCUUGUACAUUCGAAAACUCCAUUCAAGGAUCAGAAGUUGUCGAUCUGGCGGUUUUGCAAUCUUCAGCACCAAUCAAGGUUGAGGACCAAGGUUAUGAAUAUGACUUAGCUUUGUUGGAGGAAGAUACUCUGAAAAGAAAACAUAUUCAAGCUGAUACUGUGCCUUUUGUCCAUGAUCGGAGAAAAGAUGAUUUAUACAGUGGACUACUUGGUGAUGACUUGCAGAAACAAAACACAUUCAUCGAUGAAGAUACUUCUACGGAAACUGACUUCACCCGAUUUGAUACGUCAGCAAGAGAGUACACUGCAGCAGUUGGGUUAUAUUUUGAUUCGAUAAACAAGGGUCAAACUUGCACUCCAGUCUGUGAUUCUGCCUCGGGAAUUUUUCACAGACACGAUGUUGGUAGUACGUCUUUUUCUUUAAACUCUUCACCAUCAGCAUCAUCCGAUUGUACAGGUUAUGCUAAAAUGGGAGACGAAGGACUUGAUGGACUUGAUCUCAACCUCCGCCUAGGAACUAGUUCGCAAGAUGUGGUUGACUUGGAUUUGGUUCUCGGCUUGCCUACCAGACUUGAAUAUCAACCUAAACAGUCUUUCAUGGAUGAAAUAAAUCGAGAAGGAAAUGUUUCACUCGUCCUCUCUCUUGGACAGCCGUACUCAUAUAACUAACCCCAUUUAACUCGAGCAGUCGAGCUUGAAUUUGUCGAUGGCUAAGUCUAGAUGCUGUUUCGGUUGCUGGUUUCGAGUCACGCUUUUUUCCCGCAGGCUUUACUCAUUAGGCAUACACAAUGUAAAUAGUACGUAUAGAACAAAAGUAAGAUAUAGAAUUAUAUGAAUAAAUAUUAGAAGUAAUAGCUAUGACUAGAGCGCAUACGAUAAAUUAGAAAAAUGUUUCACUUUCAUACAUUCGAGAAAUGUUUCUUUCGAGCAGUGAUAGAGAUGUUUUCAUUGGCGGCCUUGAUCGGUUUCUCGUGGUUUCUUUGACAUUAUAGUUAGGCCUACUCUUUCGGGCUGUAAACUUGACUGUGAUCAGCUCGACUAUAAGCGUAGCAGUGCUAGUGAUGCUUAAAUUGUGCGUUGUCUAAUCAUUCGUAUAGGCUUGUUGCCGUUUUCUGAGCAGGUGAUCAAAGAGUUGUGUUGAGUUGUGUUGCUUAAAAUGCCUCCGAACUUGAUUCAAGUUGAAUGAAUGAUUGACCAACUUUGAUCUUCUUGUGUCUCUGUUUCAGUAUAGAAAAGGUGAUAAAAAAUUUUAACAUAAAAUAAUUGGGACUUUAAAUAUUAAAAGCGCAUAUGGUCUUCAAUAUAUUUUUCAAUUUUCGCUUAGCCUUGUUGCUACUUCAUCAUUGACUAUCGUUGUUAUAUCCCC